CAGGGGAGGUCUACGUUGUUUAGCUGUAACCUUCAGUGCUUUAGUACUACCCGUAUAUAAUGAUUUGUCCUUUCAUUAAAUGGGUUCUUUGCAUGGAUGUGAGUGCCUUUUGCACAACUCACUGAAGCCUUUCAGACUGCUGCCGUCUCUCCUGACUGGACUCAUAGACAGGUCACGUUCAUCACUUGCUGGCUUCAUCUCACCCGAGGAGCUAUCCUUCUCCAGCGGUCGAUGGGUGUGGGAGUGGUCCAACUUAAACGAAAGGGUUGGGAUGGGGGCUUCCUUCCUCGGGACUUAAGAGCGACAAGCUAGGACGAAGGAAAACGUCCAGACAGUGAAGUAGCCUUUAAUGUUUUCCGCCGACCCACCCACAGGGAGAUUCCAGGGAAGCCUGCAGUGUGGAAGGGUCCCCCCACCUCUUUUUCAGACUUCUCCGCUGGCUAUUACUGAUAACACAUCACACAUAUCUUUGAUGACUCUAUCUGGAGGUCAUUCUGCAUUCCUGAUGUACCCGUGAUCAUGGCAUUCUGCUGCCAGACUAGCCUCACACCUGAUCUGGACACCUGCUAUUCGCUGCUAUCCGGCAACUGCUGUCUCUGAAUUGGGGAAGUACUGGACAGGUCCUGUGACCUGAUGUCUGGUGCUGACAACGAAUUUAAGCCAUGGAGUCUCCAACCAAGGAAAUAGAGGAAUUUGAAAGCAACUCGCUGAAAUACCUGCAGCCAGAACAAAUCGAAAAAAUCUGGCUGCGCCUCAGAGGACUGAGAAAAUACAAGAAGACAUCACAGAGGUUGCGGUGCUUGGUAAAACAACUUGAAAGAGGAGAGGCUUCUGUUGCAGACCUCAAAAAGAAUUUAGAAUAUGCAGCUACUGUACUGGAAUCUGUGUAUAUUGAUGAGACGAGGCGUCUCCUGGAUACUGAAGAUGAACUCAGCGAUAUCCAGUCUGAUUCAGUACCCUCAGAGGUACGGGAUUGGUUGGCCUCCACCUUCACAAGACAAAUGGGCAUGAUGUUAAAAAGAACCGAGGAGAAACCAAGGUUCAGAAGUAUAGUCCAUGCAGUUCAAGCAGGGAUAUUUGUAGAAAGAAUGUAUAGGAGAACUUCAAAUAUGGUUGGACUUAGCUACCCACCAAAUGUGAUUGCAGUGUUAAAGAACAUUGACAAAUGGUCCUUUGAUGUAUUUGCACUAAAUGAGUCAAGCGGAGACCAUGCACUGAAAUUCAUUUUCUAUGAACUUCUAACUCGAUAUGAUUUGAUCAACCGGUUCAAGAUUCCCAUAUCAGCACUUGUUUCAUUUAUUGAAGCCUUAGAAGUUGGAUAUAACAAACAUAAGAAUCCAUAUCACAAUCUAAUGCAUGCAGCUGAUGUUACACAGACAGUCCAUUAUAUUUUAUUGAAGACUGGAGUGGUGCACUGGCUUACAGAACUGGAAAUUUUCGCAAUGCUGUUUGCAGCUGCUGUUCAUGAUUAUGAGCACACAGGAACAACAAACAACUUUCACAUUCAGACAAGGUCAGAUACAGCUAUUCUCUAUAAUGACAGAUCGGUGCUGGAAAAUCAUCAUGUCAGUGCAGCGUACAGACUUCUCCAGGAAGAUGAGGAAAUGAACAUUCUGUACAACCUCUCCAAAGAUGAUUGGAGGGAACUACGGGCCUUAGUGAUUGAAAUGGUCUUGGCAACAGACAUGUCCUGUCACUUUCAACAAAUCAAGGCAAUGAAAAACUCCUUACAGCAACCAGAAGGGAUUGACAAACCUAAAGCCUUAUCUCUGAUACUACACACAGCUGACAUCAGCCAUCCAGCUAAGGCCUGGGACCUUCAUCAUCGGUGGACCAUGUCACUUCUGGAGGAAUUCUUCCGACAGGGUGAUAAAGAAGCAGAACUAGGCCUUCCUUUCUCUCCUCUCUGUGACCGAAAGUCUACACUUGUUGCUCAGUCUCAGAUCGGAUUCAUUGACUUCAUUGUGGAACCAACAUUUACUGUGCUUAGUGACAUGAUGGAAAAGAUUGUAUCCCCACUUAUAGAUGAAGCAGCUCGGUCAGGCAUCACCACCUUCCGACGUUCCAGCUUAAACAGCAUUACACCCUCAGAAGUAAAACGUUCGAGUGUAAAGAGUACAGGGUCAGAAGGAAGUGCCUCUCUAAACUGUUCUUUACUCACUGUGGACUUUAAAAGCUUUAAGGCCAGUUGGAAUGAAAUUGUGCAACAAAACAGGGAAAAGUGGAAGACACAGGCAGCCAAAGAUGCAGAAGAAAAAGCCAGAUGUGAGGUUGAGGAAAAAAGACGUCAAGAAUUAGAAUCAAAGGAAGAGCUAGAAAAGGCAGACAGAGAAAAAACAGAAAAAGAACAGCUGGAAAACAAGGAUAGGCCUGCGGAUAAAUCUGAAAACAAUGAAGAAAGUGAUCCAAAGAAGAGACAUGGCACUGGUACCGAUCCAAAUGGCAUAAAUAACUCUGCAUCUAAAGAAGAAUCCAUUCAGGCUAUAAAAAACAAGAAUGGCGCUUCAAGUCAAGUGUCAGCAGACAAUCAAAAGACACUAACCGAUGAAGAAGAGAAAAAGGGAAGGGAAGCAAACUAAACCUACCAUUUUUGUGGCGAUUCUGCAUUCUACUAUAAAGAUGCGUUUCCUGGGAAGAACUUAACAUGUUCCUGGUAUAUUUUCCACUGACAGCUUUAUUAUAGUCUUCACUUCACAGCGACUGCUUCCCUCGUAAAACUGCUCCAUUUUUGCACAGGUAGAAGUAAGAGAUACUGCAGUCAACACCGCUGUGUUAAUCCCUUCUUAACUCACGUAACUGUAUAUUACACAGUUUCACUCAAGUGAUAUCCUUACAUGAAUUCAUGAGAGCUGCAAUUCUGUUUUCUUCUACUCAAAAACAUUUCACUUGGAAAGAAAAUGUGGGCAUGUCCAAAAACUGCAGACACGUCAUUGUCAACAAUGCUUUUGGAGGACCUCUUAACACUUUUUAGGGUUUUGGUAUUGUAUAUUUACUGUCCAUCAAGACAGCACACUGGUCUACCUGCUUUCUUGAUUACACUGAGGUGAAUGGAGCUGUGCUCUGUGCAGGCAACUUGUUAAUAACUGUGUACAAGUUUUGACUACUAAAUGAUUGGUGCCCUUAAUCUCCUAAAUGAGUUAAUACAAUAGAAUUAUUUACAUUUUGUAAGUUUUAUAUCAUCAAUACCUAUGUUGUCCAGAUGUCAUAUGUCAUAAAAUCAUAUGAUUUGUUAAGUUUAACCAAGAUGUCUUGCCAAUAUCAGCUUAGGUAUUUUUUUAGAAAGCAUUAUUUUUAUGAUAAGGUAUGGUUAUUGUUAUGUACUGUGAAAAGAAUCUAUGAGAAUAUAACAUAAAGGUUUCCAGCAUGGCAAUUAAAAGGUGACCAGUUCUAGUGACAGGCAAUGCUUUUUGUUUCCCUUGCAAGGACAGGUAGGCAUUUCAAGUGUUUUUAUGUCCACUUUCUUCUUUACAACUACCUAAAUUAAGAGUAUAAUUGGACAAAAUUGGAUGUGUGGUAGUCAAAACCUUGGAACAGACUGUUAGUCAAAUGUGUAACUGUUAGUAAUACCUCUGAUAAGGGUCUGGUAGAUGCUGGGAAAUGUAUUUCUCUAUGGUAACCACCUCACAGACUUGCUCCAUGUAUGUUUCUAAGCACAUGUAUGUUAUCUUCUGGUUGAAUCUCAUUCAUAUUAUAUGUAUUGUGUGCUGCUUACUUCACUGUAUUCUGUUUUGUCUGAAGUAGACAAAGAAUUUUUUUUUAACUGAAAUAAUAUUGUUAUAUAUGUAUUAGCCAUAGCAGUAAUAUAUCUGCACAACACUGUGAAUAUUUCACUCAGAGAAAUAAAGUAAAUUAAAUAUUAUAUGUGGUGAACACA